AUGUACAGACCGCUAAAUCCACGUGGCGUGCUGGACCUUUCUGCUGCCGUGCCAUCGCGGAAGGCGGGCGGUGACAUAUCGUACGCUGUCGCUUUCCCUCAAUCUGCCCGCGGGUACCGUGGUGACGUUACGGUGCUGACGCUACAUAGUGUACCACCUACAUCACUCCGCCAAAUGCAGGCAGGAGACGAUGGCCGACCAGUUUCUGUGGCGUCCGCAUCUGUCGACGCCGGCAGAACCUCUACGGGCACCACAGCAGCGGGCGAUGUGACCACGAGUAGUGCCUUUGGUACUGCCACGCCGCCCACGGAGCAGCGCACCAUCCCAGCGCAUCACCAUGCGGUUGCACAUCUGCGUUUCCGUCCAGAUGGUCGGCUGCUGGCCACCGCCUCAGAGCUUGGCACCACCGUGAAGAUAUUUGAUAGUGUUACUGGCGCAUUGCUGGUAGCACUACAGCGGGGCCAUCGUCCCGCCGCGGUGCUCUCACUCGCGGUGCAGCAAGACGCGCAUCGAGUCGCGGCACUCAGUGCCAAUGGCACUCUACAUGUUUUCGACUGCGCCGUCAUUGUGCAGGCUUGGGAGUCAGCGAGAGUGACAAGCGUUUCUUCACCGCUUCCUGCCCGCAGUGCACCCUCGCCUACGAUGAUUGGCGGUGCUGCAGGAGCGAGCAAAGUGCGAGCCGAGUGCAAACACAAGGUAACCUUAAUGCCUCGCCCAGCUGCGAGCGCUAGUGCUUCCUUGGCGAAAUCUACACACCGGCGACGGGGUAACAGCUUCAUGGCAGCUGCAGCUGCGUCGUCUCGCGCAAACACUGCUGCCUCCUAUGCAGAGGCCAGCGGUCCCACGCCAGGUGUGGGGGUAGCGGCCAACGACGGCUGGCUGCACUGUGAGACCGGUUUUGCCGCCGACGGGCAAACAGUCUGGGUGGUGCAAGUGCAGUCUACGGAAGCGCAGCUGCAACACGCUAUUUCGAUAGCGGCGUCAAAGUCUGCGACGCAGUCGCCACGGCUCUGCGUAGGAAGCCUCGCGUGCUUCCCCUUGCCAUCGCCUAACCGUUGCCGCUUCAGCGGCGCCAUUUUGCCUACCGACAAAGGAGAAGAAAGAUACCACUACGUCGUCGUGUAG